CAAUACAGGCCCCAAACACGGUGUUUCUCAAGCUUGUGGAGGCUUGGAUCUUGGAUCUGAGAGUGUGUUCCAGGUGCGGUCCCAGUCUUGGUUGGGUGCCUGAGGAUGUACAUUGAGUAGUCACUAUGCCACUAGUUUGCCGUUCUGGGUUCGAGGCUACGGCUUAACGCCCUCAGAAUGGCCCAUCUCCAGUCGUUGGCUCAUUUGAGCCAGGCCCCGCCUCCGCCACCCCCGGGCACGUCCCAUGCGCCUCGAUUGAGCGUCCCGCCCCCGCCGGGUGCGAUGUAUCCACCGUAUCAUGUGCCGGUGGCUUAUCAUCCGGUCCACGGACACGCCCUGCACCCGACUCAUAUGAAUUUCAGCCUGCCCCCGCCUCCCGUAGCCUAUGCCGCCUAUUAUCCGCCGCCCCCGCCCAUGGCUGCUCGUCCCCCCCUGCCCAAUCCAUUUGCUUUGCCACCCCCGAAUAUAGGACCCAUGAGCGGAGCGGGCGGCACUGUUACCGCCAGUCGCUCAGAUCGACGCUUGCCACGGUCUCGAUCGCGGUCCCGAUCGCCAUCCGGAGGAAGAUACCGGCGCGAUUCGCGCGAUUACCGACGUGACCGCGAUCGGGACAGAAGUCCGUACCGGAGUUCGCGUGAUCGCCGUUCUUCACCGGGUCGGCGGCGAAGUCGACGUAGUCCGUCCCCGCGAUACGAUCGUGGCUAUUCAUCGCGUCGCUCUAGUCGGUCGCCGUCAUUGCGACGACCCUCCAGUUAUUCUGAUCGCGACCGAUAUGAACGUCGAAGUGAUCGGCGCCGAUCACCUGAAGUGGGUCGAUCCCGUCCUCAAAGUCCGGCCCGUGGACCCUCCCGCCGGCGACCUACCCCACCGGGUAUUAGUAAUAAAGCUCGCGAUCUCUUUGAGCGUCGCAUCAACAUGAAUCACGAGGAGGUGUUGGCCGAGGAGAAGAAGAUUUGGACUCGAUCCGCUCCGGCCGACCCUUACUACGAACGGGAUCCCCACAAUCCACUCAUGAUGCGUGCCACCAGCAAAUUGACCGAAUUAUGCGACCGUUUCGAGUCCCAACUCGUUCAUCCACGCGAACACGCCAAACUCAAGUUCCCACCCUACGCUACGCCCAAGUUCGGACUCCCGCCCAGUCGAUGCAAGAAACACGCCAAGAAAGCCGAUUCGGAUGCUGAGAGCCAGGAUGAAGAUGACGUCGAAGAUGACGAUGAGGCCGCCAAGAACGAGUCUUUGGAAUGGCUCCGCUACCGACAAGAUCAGCCCAAUCGUCUCCAUCAAGAGCUCUGGGAGAAUCGCUCCAAUGAGUUCAAUGAUGGCCCCACCUGUCGGUGUUCGGUCAAAGCUCGAGAGCAUGGCAUUCGGCAUGGCAUCUACCAGGGGGAAAAGACCGUGCCUGAUCUUGAUCCAGCCACGAAUAACUCGGACAAGUUGUACCAUUAUCGGAUUGCAGUCACACCUCCCACCAACUUCCUGGUGCUUCAACCCACGACCAUUCAUCAUGACGAGCACGAGUUCAUCUUUGAGGGAUUCUCGCUGUUCACCACCGAGCCUUUGCAGGAUCUUCCCCCGUGUAAAGUGGUUCGAUUCAACAUCGAGUACUCGAUUCUGUACUUGCAAGAGAAGAUUCCGGAUAACUUCACGCUUCGUGAGCUCAAAUUGUUUCAUCGUUACUUCUUCACCGAGCUCUUGGAGCUCUUGGAUUGGGACACGAGUGACCGGUUCUACUUCAUGCCUCGCUUCGUCAGAGAUCUCUCCGAGGACGGCAAGGAGAUAUUGUCCAUGAAUGAAGUUAUGAAGUAUCUCAUAAAAUCAUACUCACCCUUGGUAGUGGAAACGGAUUUGAUGCCCAUGCUCAAGAUGUCUCCCACGGAAUGGGUCGACUUUGUCGAGAAGGUCAAGGGAAUGUUGGUGACGAAACCCGGGCUCAAACCAUCGGCUUUUCGCAUCGACCAACUCGAUCGAGAACAAGACAAUCCCCAAGUCAUCAAGUACCCCGAGAUCGUUCACUUCGGCACACGCCCACCUCAGUUGUGCUACGCUGGCAACCCGGAUUAUCAAAAGGCCUGGCGCGAGUUCGUCAAGUACCGCCAUCUCUUGGCCAACAUGGCCAAGCCUACCUUCAAGGAGAAGCGACAUCUCGAGGUCUUGGAGGAGAAACUCCUUGACAUGAGGAGCAACUCCAAGCUCAAGCGAGACGUGACCAUUGCCGUGGGGAGUGAGGGUUUCUUCAAGACGGGCCUGAUGAGUGAUAUCGCCCAACACGGCAUGCUCUUGCCCGUCCUAGUCAAUCAUCUCCGGCUCUACGCCUCUUUAGAUUUCUUCCAAGAGCAAAUAGGCUACACUUUCAAGAAUAGGCAUUUAUUACACCUGGCUGUGACUCAUCCCUCCUACCGCGAAAACUACGGCACGAAUCCAGACCAUGCUCGAACCACUCUGUCCAAUUGUGGCAUUCGACAGCCCGAAUACGGCGACAAGAAGGUGCUGUUUGCCAAUAAUCGCAAACGAGGCAUCAACAUGCUCAUCAACAUUAUGUCCCGUUUCGGGAAAAACCAAGAGACCGAGUCCAAGGUGCCUCACAAUGAACGGUUGGAGUUCUUGGGCGACGCCGUCGUCGAGUUCAUCACCUCCGUGCAUUUGUUCUACAUGUUUCCGGAUCUAGAAGAAGGAGGCUUGGCUACUUAUCGCGGAGCAUUAGUUCAAAAUCAACACUUGGCCAUUCUAGCAGAGGUGCUUGGCUUGGAGAAUUACAUGCUGUACGCCCAUGGGUCAGAUCUGUGUCAUGACGCUGAAUUGCGCCAUGCUAUGGCCAAUUGCUUCGAGGCCGUGAUGGGGGCCAUCUAUCUCGAUGGUGGGAUCGAGGCUGUAGACGGAAUCUUUGCCAAAGCCUUGUUUGGAUCUGAUCCCGAGCUUCAUAAAGUGUGGACAAGUCUGACACAUCAUCCAUUGCAAAUCCAAGAACCCAAAGGCGAUCGACAUUGGAUACCCAAAUAUCCUAUUCUCCAGAAACUGGCCGAAUUUGAAGAUUCCGUUGGUGUUGAAUUCACUCAUAUCCGUCUCCUGGCCCGUGCCUUCACUGACCGAUCUUUGGGAUUGUCAGUGUUAACAUUGGGCUCCAAUCAGAGAUUAGAAUUUCUCGGUGAUACCGUGCUUCAGCUCAUCACUUCCAAUUAUCUCUAUCGACAUUUCCCCGAGCAUCACGAAGGCCAUCUCUCCCUUCUUAGAUCUUCAAUUGUGAACAAUCGCACUCAGGCUGUGGUGUGUGAUGAUAUUGGAAUAUCUAUUUAUGCGCAAUUCGCCAAUCCGAAGCACGAGCUGAAAGUUAAAGACAGGGCGGAUCUCCUGGAGGCUUUCUUGGGAGCUCUGUACAUUGAUAAGGAUCUGGAUUUCUGCACCAAAUUUGCCGAGGUCUGCUUCUUCCCGAGGCUGACCCAUUUCAUCGUAAACCAAGAAUGGAACGAUCCCAAGUCCAAAUUGCAACAAUGCUGCCUAACCCUGAGAACUAUGAAUGGUUCAGAUCCCGACAUCCCCAAUUACAAGGUUGUUGAAUCAAAAGGUCCCACCAAUACAAGGGUUUACACUGUGGCUGUGUACUUCCGUGGAGAUCGCUUAGCCAAUGCUGACGGUCAUAGCAUUCAAGAUGCAGAAAUGAAGGCCGCCAAGUUGGCCUUAGAGAAUUGUGCCCACUUGUUCCCGCAUUUAACAUAUCAGAAGAAAAUCGUGGAGAGGAGCUUGUACAAGCAAAACAAGGAUCGACUCCGAGAGGAAUGGCACAAAGAAGUGAGGAAAAAGAGAGAGGAACUGGGCCUUGAUGACGACAAGAAGCGAGCCAGUAAUAAAGGAGAAAUUCGAGCCAAAGAAGAGCAGCUAGACCGAGACCAUUUUAAGAAAAUGGCUCAAAUUCGCGAAGAAGAACGACAGAGGGAACGCACCAAUCUCGAGCUCAAAGCUGCCAGCACCAAAAGACAACGACGAUCUCCAUCUUGGGAAGGAUCCUCACCGCCUUCUAACCCUGAUACCAAUAGCCCACCCAGAUCUUACGCCAGCUCCAAUCAACGCCCAAAGCGAUCCUCCUCCUCCUCGUCGUCUUUGUCAAGCGUGAAGAUCGAACCGAACUCACCAGGUGAGAAAGAGGAGCCAGGAUCUCACCUUGGAGAACGCCACCGUUCCAGAUCGCUUUCGCGCGACACUGAUGUCAAAGAAGAACCCCCUUCAGAUCGAGAGGACGGUGAGAUCAGUGAUGACUAGGCAAUUACACCAGUCAAGUCAGGUUGAUCUCGACUGUUGUUUUUUUUGGGCCAGAUCAAAGCAUUACAAUUUAUUCGUACUCAAAUGAUUCAUAGUUCGUAAGUUGAUGUGAUUUCUUCGCUUGUGAUGAGGUAAGCAGCAAUGCUUUCAACUUAAAUGACUUUUUUUAUUUAUUCUCAAUUCAGUCAAAUCGCCGUUUUCCAAAAUCGUCAGUCAUGAUAGAUCAAGCAUCGCUGUUUACUAUCCUGUUCCAAAACCAAUCAAUACAUAUGAUCAGUGUUUUCGAUCAA